UGCUUUUACUCGAUUUAUACAUCAUCCAGUCCACUCGGCGGCGACAGAGGCGGGCCAGUCUCCUCUCCCCUCCAGUGACAAGAGAAGAGCGACUAUCGAGUCAACAUGGCUGCGGCUCUUGUUCGGUGUGUCCGCGGAAGUCUCGGACGGAAUUUGUCCAUUGCAAGAUCUUCAUGUCUCCUGAAGCAGAGCAGAUUGCAGAGUUCCACCACUGAAACAAAACCAACUGUGCGGCCUAAGGAUGCAGUCACCCACAAUCAGCUGACAGCGUUUGGGGAGUAUGUGGCUGAGAUGAUGCCCAAAUACAUCCAGCAGGUUCAGGUGACAUGUUAUAAUGAGCUGGAGGUGAUGAUCCACCCUGACGGCGUGAUCCCCAUGCUGACUUUCCUGAGGGACCACACCAACGCUCAGUUCAGAAACAUGGUCGACCUAACAGCUGUCGACAUUCCUUCACGGCAGAACCGCUUUGAGAUUGUGUACAACUUGCUGUCACUGCGCUACAACUCCCGUAUUCGAGUUAAAACGUACACGGAUGAACUCACACCUUUGGACUCUGCUGUUCCCGUCCACAUGGUUGCCAACUGGUACGAGAGGGAGGUUUGGGACAUGUAUGGUGUGUUUUUUGGCAACCACCCUGACCUGCGACGCAUUCUGACCGACUACGGCUUUGAGGGUCAUCCCUUCAGGAAAGACUUCCCUCUGUCAGGAUAUGUUGAGGUGCGUUACGACGACGAACUGAAGCGUGUGGUAGCGGAGCCGGUGGAGCUGACACAGGAGUUUCGCAAGUUUGACUUGAACACACCGUGGGAGGUGUUCCCCGCUCACCGAGAGGCCAAGGAGGCUCCGCCCAUACUGGAAGCUGGAGCCGAAGCUUCUGAGAAGAAGUGAUCCCAACCCUCCCUCCCCACACCUCUUUAGUGUAUACAAAUACCCUCAUCAAGUUGGGUUUUCGACCCUUGUUAAACCCACAGAAAUAUUUAUGUAAAUAAAAGUGCUUAAUACAGAAAAAAUAA